ACUGCGUGGCUGCCAUCUUACCGGUCAGUCAGGAAUGGAUAAACGGUCAACAAGUGAAGAUGUCACGAUAAUUCAGAAUUAAAGAUAGUAACAGUAAAUGUAAAUACAGUGACAACAGUGGAUAUUACACAGUAAAUCACAUCAUAGAGAGCGACCGAAUAAAAAGAAGAAAUGGGGAAAAAGACAAAGAAAAUCAGAGCCCAAUUACACCAAUACCGAAGAGACGAAAUGGGUUCGUAUUCUCUCAUCACGCAGUGGAAUUCACCGCUUUCUUCCUCGGGACCUGAUCACGCGAGCACCUCAAGUUUCAGGAUGAUCGUGACUCGGAAGCAACUAGUAAUAACAGGAGUGGUUCUUACCGCCUGCAUUGUUGCCAUUGCUACAGGAAUUGUCGUUGGAGUUCCCUUGUACGGAGGAGCCGAAGCAGAAAAAGACGAGCCAAACCAGCCAGUUGAGCAACAGGUCAUUACCAAAGUUCAGCCGAAGUCAGAAGGUCGUUUUGAGUCGUGGGGGAGUAAUGAAAAUAAGAAUAGACAGGGCCCCGAAACUGAUCCGCCGCCUUCGCCAACAAUACUUGGAGAGUAUGAACAUGCGGCUGUAAGCGCAGAUGGUCAGCCAUGCGCCCAGAUUGCAAGAGACAUCUUGGAGAGAAAUGGAACAGCAGCAGAUGCAGCCAUAGCCGGACUGUUCUGCGUGGGCGUUGUCAAUACGCAGUCGAUGGGUUUGGGAGGCGGCUUUUUACUGACUUAUUACGACAGGGCUGAGAGGAAAGCCCACACUCUGAUAGCUCGAGAAACUGCGCCAGCGGCCGCCUUCGAGGACAUGUACGAUGGCGAUGAAGAACUCAUGCAAAAAGCCAAAGGAAGAUGGUGGGAGAACAAAGCUCAUAGUUUGAAGGGUGGGUUAGCUGUCGGUGUUCCUGGUGAGGUGAGAGGCUACUAUGAGUUUUACAAGAAAUUUGGUGGUAGAAUUCCGUGGAACGAACUCCUGGAGCCCUCCAUCAAAUUAUGCGAAGAGGGACAUCCUGUUAACUGGCACAUGGCGAGGGCACUCAAAUUCGGCGCCAGUGACAUCAUGCAGGAACCCAGCAUGAGUGUAUUCAUCAACCCUGAGACUGGAGAAGUGUAUAAAGAAGGGGAAAUCCUGAAGCGUCCCAAACUCGGCCAGACACUUCGGGUUUUGCAGUAUGAACCCGACGCUCUCUAUACCGGAGAACUUUCGAAGAAACUUGUUGAAGAUAUUCAGAACUUUGGUGGAAUAAUCUCUCACGAAGAUCUGGUUAAUUACAGACCUCUCUGGAAGGAACCCAUGAAUGUGAGCCUGGAAAAUGGAGGUUUGACAAUGUACUCUGUGCCUCCUCCCGGAUCUGGUCAUAUUCUGGGUUUCAUUCUGAAUAUUUUGGACGAAUAUGAUAUAAACCCAUCAAGUUUUGAUGAUGAAAAUGUGGUUUUAAGUCAUCAGCGCUUCACUGAAGCUAUGAAGUGGGCCUAUGCCAAGAGGACGGAGUUAGGAGAUGCAGAUUUUGUUGAUAUUUUUUCGCUAGCUAAAAACUUAACAUCUGAUGCCUAUGCAGCGGACAUCCACGAGCAGAUAACAGAUGAUCGAACUUUCCAAGACCCAAGUCAUUAUGGUGCUGUUACUGCUGUUGAUGAUAACCAUGGCACAGCACAUUUCUCACUCUUAUCUCCUGAAGGAGAUGCGGUAUCUGUAACGAGCACUGUUAAUCUAUAUUUUGGCGCUGGCAUUAGAUCGGUGCAAACGGGGAUUGUUCUCAAUGAUGAGAUGGACGAUUUCUCGGCUCCCAAUAUCACAAGCUAUUUUGGUAUUCCUCCUUCACCUGCCAAUUUUAUUCGACCAGGAAAGAGACCUCUAUCCUCCAUGUGUCCUACAGUAUUUGUAGAUUCUAAAGGAGACGUUCGUCUAAUCAUCGGUGCUGCGGGAGGAACUAAGAUUUCUUCUGCCGUGGCGUGGGCGUCACUCCGUAAUCUCUGGCUGAAAGAGGACAUCAAGAAGGCCAUCGAUGCCAGAAGAAUCCACCAUCAAAUCUACCCAAUGACACUGAGUUAUGAAGAUGGCAUUACUAAUAAAAUUGUUUCCGGCCUUCAGGAGAUCGGACAUGAUACCAAGCAAUUCAGCGUUGGUGGUUCUGUGAUCUGUGCUGUUGCUCGAGGAGAAAACGGGAAACUCUACGCCAACGCUGACUUCAGGAAGUCAGGAGAAGUGGAUGGAUUCUAAAGACUAUAAAUUAAUGUCUUAAGAUUCAGUUUACCUUCAUUUUAUUUAUCGAGUGCAUGUUAAUUUAGAAAUUUUGUUUGUAAGCUUUGUAAAAUUAAUAAACUGUUUACUCGGUAAUAAAA